UGCGCUUCUUUGCCUACUGCUCGCAGCACUGGUCUCACUGUCCCCAGGAUGAAGAACCCAAUGUUGGAGGCGGUGUCCCUACUGCUGGAGAAGUUGCUUCUCAUCUCCAACUUCAAACUCUUUAGUUCCGGCACCCAGGGUGAAGACAAGGCGAGGACCAGUUUACAUGACAUCAACUCCUUCCACCGCGGCGACGUCCUGGAGGUGCCUCGGACACACCUGACCCAUUAUGGCAUUUACCUGGGCGACAACCGUGUCGCCCACAUGAUGCCCGACGUCCUGUUGGCUCUGACGAGUGACAAGAGGCUCACGCAGAAGGUGGUCUCCAACAAGCGUCUCAUCCUGGGCGUUAUUGGCAGGGUGGCUAGCAUCCGAGUGGACACGGUGGAUGACUUCGCUUACGGAGCCAAAAUCCUGGUCAAUCACCUGGACAAGUCCCUCAAGAAGAAGGCGUUGCUCAACGAAGAGGUGGCGUGUAGGGCCGAGAAGCUGCUGGGCAUCACUACCUACAGCCUGCUGUGGAACAACUGCGAGCACUUCGUGACUUACUGCAGAUUUGACACAGCGGUCAGCCCCCAGGCGGACAAGUUUUGUGAGAUUUUGAAGAUAAUUAUUCGUGAUGAGAGAAGUGUUUUUGCUUCGGCACUCUUGGGAUUGGCGUCUAUAAUCUGUCUGGGCUUGGCAUCAUAUACUACUCUUCCUGCAAUUUUUAUUCCAUUCUGCUUAUGGAUGGCUGGCUAAUCACAUCCUCGUGUCAGUGUGUGUAUUCUGUGUGUAAAUAUGUUUAUAUUUAUAGAGCACAAAUCAGUAUAAGCAUCAUUGAGAAAAAAUGUGACCUGUAACAUUGUGUUCUGGAUAAAAAUGUGAUUAAGAAUCACACAAAGUGCUUACUGUGUAAGCCCAAGAACAAGGCUUUCUGAAUCUUCCUCAGGCAGUUCCAUUUUCAAGCACUGUGCAAAUCUCGGAAACCUGACAACUUAUGAUAGAAUUCAUCAUAACAAGAAAACCAGCCUCUAACAUGACGCCACAGGAGAUUAUUUUUCUCCUGUAAUUAUUGCUCUACUCUGUUAGGCCAGAAUCUGAAGAUCAGAAGACUUACUGAAUGAGAACCCCCAACUUUAUUGUAAAUUUAUUCUUUUUCAUUGAAAAACUUAUAUUAAAACUGAAAGAACUUCCUUGUUCAGAUGAAAAUAUGUUUGAUGAUUGACUAAGAAAAAGAAAAGAAAAAACUCUCGCCCUGGCAG